AUUCUUGGGACUGAAGCUAGAUCAAAGGUAAUCCUGAUUGCCGGACUUGUCGAUCUGAGGAAACAGGGAUUUCAUGCCAGGUGAUAGAUCAAAAGAGCCAAUUUUGUUCGUGUGCCUUAAAUUUGUUUUAUAAGCUUCUCGUUUCAUCCUUCCAUUGCUUGUGAAAAGCUGCUUGUGUUCAAGGUCACACUUCAAGGCCAAACAAGGUCUUUGCUUUUAUUCAUUGUAUAUUGAAGUGCACGUUAUUUAAUAUGCAUUCAUCAUAUAUGUUGUAAAUGAGCAUGUGUUUUGUGAGUGUAUCAAGAAUGCAUGUGGGUCCUUUUGGGUGCACUAAGAAUAGAUUGAUCAGUUUCUUCCUCCAAGAAAAGUUUGACUGACAGAUAACACCGCCUUUUAAUUUCGUGAUACUUCUGCAGAUGUAUAAGACUAUUGUUAGUAAUUACAGUAGUUAUCAUUGGAAGCUAAAUAUAGCUGAACACUUUGUAUUGGAGAAUAACCACAAAUUUUAGAACCAUGUGAGGAGUAAUCUCCAAAGUUAGCAUUAUGACGUGGCAUAUCCAUUCACAUCUCUGACCUUUUCCUCUGGCUUGGUGCUGGAGCCUAGCCUUUUUUCGUCUCCCGAACCUUCUGCCUUUCCCAAAUCCAGUUUCAGGCAUUGUAUUUAAAGCCUUCGAGUGCAUCUUGAUCGCACCCUCUUUGGCUUUCAUCUGCUUCUAUUUGGUUGCAGAUCGAGAGCCGAAGACAGGUGAUCUUGAGAGCAUUAGAAGGCUUGCGCCAGACAAUUCUUAAUAGCAACUGAGUGGCAUAUUUUGCUAGGCUUUACCCCCAAGAAUAUCAAGAUGACAUUCUCUGGCACACAGGACAAGUGCAAGGCUUGUGACAAGACCGUUCAUUUCAUUGACCUCCUUACCGUGGAUAGCAUUCCCUACCACAAGUCCUGCUUCAAAUGUAGCCAUUGCAAAGGCACCCUUUCGAUGUGCAACUACUCCUCCAUGGAUGGAGUUCUUUACUGCAAGACUCAUUUUGAGCAGCUUUUCAAGGAAACAGGCACCUUCAACAAAAAAUUCCCCACAUGUGCCAAGGCAAACAAUGAGCAGUCUAAGGUACCAAACAAGUUAUCUUCUGUGUUCUGUGGAACUCAGGACAAGUGUGCUGCCUGCAAGAAGACUGUGUACCCAUUGGAGAAGAUGACCUUGGAGGGCGAGCCCUACCACAAGACCUGCUUCAAGUGCGCCCACGGCGGCUGCCUCCUGACGACCGCCUCCUACGCGUCCCUCAACGGGAUCCUGUACUGCCAGCACCACUUCUGGCAGCUGUUCAAGGAGACGGGCAGCUACGACAACUUGCUCAAGCCUGCCGCCUCGGCCAAGAACAACGAAGAACCGGAGGCCACCAAGGAAGAGGUGUCGCCCGAGGACCAGCCGCUGGAAGCCGUAGAGGAUCAGGAGCACUCUUAAGAACUUACACGUGAACAGUUACAUGAACCUACACGUUUAUGUUCCCCAGUACGUCCCCACGUUGAUGUUGCUGUUGUGUAUUGCUGUUGCUGUCCAUCUUUUUUCUUUCAUCUCAUCGAGACACGCAGUUCUGGUACACGUCUUUUCGUCUUGGCUAUUGCAAUCCUGAAUUCUGUAUCCAUCUUCUCAUGUAUGAGAGCAGAAUUUCCACGUGUUUGGCCUAA